AUGCUGCUCAACGCCUCUCACAAACUCAGCUUCAGCGGCCUGCCCCCAGACCUGCUCGACGCCUAUGUACGGUACAAGAAAAGCACGCGUGCUCUUCUGACCUGGUUCCUUCAGUACAGCCCAAUGCCCGACAAGCCCGUCAAGAGCUUGACCAUCAGGGACCUGGAGACUCUGGCUCGCGCGGCGUCCAAGAAAAUACGUGCUCUGCCCGACGUGGUGCACUUUUACUUCCGCGAAACCAUUUCAGAGCGCAAGAAAUUCAGCAAAUACUACCGCGCCCAGGUGGCUGAAUCCGCCGACGAUGUCGAGACAAUCAAUCACGAACACUUCACUGAGACGCAAGUCUUUCUCACCAAGAUCUACAAUGAUCUGUGUGCGUGUUGUGGUGAUCACAAGCCUCGGAGCCCAGCCCGAAGUAAAUCGACUUCGACGUCGUCUAUCGGCCCAUCACCUCGUCCGGUCAAUCUUUACGAGGGCCUGGCAGUCGAAGAAGUCGAAGAUGAUGACGGACCAAGCCCCAAGGGGAAAGGGUCUUCAAGGCAGUCCCAGCCAAUCUCACCGCCAUCCUCGGCAGGGGAGAACCAGGAUCUCGAUAUCUGUCUUGCCGACGACGACCUGGGUAACGCCAUGGAACUGGCAGCUGCCGCACAGCAAAUCUACGAUAUCUCGUGGUCUGUCGAACAAUAUUGGCGCCUUGCUGGGGAGGGUACGCUCUCGCCGAUAGUUGCAUCUUUCAUCACCAAUUUUGCUUUGGCACUGCAGCGCCAGGUCGUGGACGGGUUGCUCCGACACAACGAAGACUUUAGCUUGGCCGACCUCCGUCAGAUGUGUUCUUCCAAGCGUGCAGCUGGUCAAAGCGAAGACGGAACUGAAGCGACCACCCGCACCACUCAAGCCCUGCUGGACCGACUGCAGCACAUUGAGCAAAGCCUAUCAGAUGCUUCAAACGGGAAAUUAAUUGUGCCCACGAUAUCCUGCGCCAAGUGUGGUCACAAAGAGGCCCAAGAAUCCCAGUGGCGGUUCAUCGUGGACGAUAAAGGGAGCCGGAACCUCUCGCCAGCCAUGAUCGAGAAGCUUGUCUACUUUUUGGGCACCAGACCAACAGAAAGCGAGGUGAUCAAGAGCGGGACGCCAGUCUAUUGGGAUGUGUGCUGCACCAUUUCGAAUCAGAAGAAUAAUGCACAGUCUUGGUCGGCCGUCCUGGGAUUGGAUCUGAUGAUCCAAAGCACGAAAAGCUAUGUUCGAUGCCUCCCACGGCCACAAAUGCUUUCACAAAGUCGUGUCGUCUCCUUGAGGCUUGCACACCAAGCUCGCUUUCAUAUCACCACCAUCCUGAAGAACAAAUCCGCUUUUCCCUGCAGAUGCCCUCACACUCUUGCCUGUCACCUCCAUGAUCUGGAGACCGAGCUGCAUCGAUAUGCCAGCUUCAAUUGCUGGGACCUCCUUUUCCAAUCACCAUGGGUCGCGGGCAACCAUGCCCUCGAGAUGGUCGAUCUAUUCCACUACUACGGGACACACCUGCUCAGGUAUCGACAUUACAUCGGCGCGGUGCUGCAUUGUUACAACGUUCUCAGGCACCUGGGCGGGCUGGAGGAAAUCCCGAUUCUGAAGAAUCUCUGCAUUCAAGUUUGCGACAUCAUGUUUCCCGGCAACAAGGCGCCCAAGUCGAAUUUUCGCGCUUGCUGGGCGAGGCACGUGGGUGCCAGGUUGAAAUUUGACCAGGGCCACAAGAACCGGCACGACAACUGGUGUUUGGCGAUUCCGCCUCACGCGGCGAAGGCUGCAGCCGGGUUCGAUAUUCCCACGCACCACCACAAACACAUGUCCGGCUGCGUGUUGUUCCGCUACAAGCACCAGAAAUACCACGUCAGCGACGCUCAGAUGAAGGUGCUUGAUUUUCCUCUUCUCCGGGCCCUGCAAGAUGACCAUGACAACCGAGCGACCAAUGGAAUGUGCAAGACCGACCUGGACAUCAUUGACGCAGCCGGCCACAAUUCCAAGCUGUUGCCGAUUGCCUUUGCCGCACACCGUUUAAUCAGCACGGGCACCACCGGACUCCUUCCCAUGGCGCGGGUGAACCUCUUUGCCCUGUUUGAGCGAUGUCUCAACGUGGUCUCACAGAUUUCGGACAAGAUGCAUUCCGACAAGGAGGCGGAAAAGGGGAUCCACUGCAUCUGUUUCUGCAGUGAGAUUUUGGGCGCGGCCGAUCGUAUUGUCAAGGGCAGACGAAUGGGGAAGCUCGAGGCAUGGAGUGAGAGUGAACGCAAGCUGAUUGGGGACACCAAAGAAGCCAUUCAAAAGGCAUUUGGCUCUGUGACGGAGGCAGACAUGUUGUGGAGUGUCUAA